AUGGCAGCAGCACCACUGGCUAAGAUCGGCAUCCUGUCCAUUGGCGACAUGGGCAUGGGCAUUGCCAAGUUGCUCGUCGCCAACGGAUUUGCAGUUGCCACGAACGGCAAAGGGCGGAGCAACGACACCAUCGACCGCGCCAAGGCCGCAAAGGUAGAACUCCUCAACUCGGACGAGGACCUGUGCGAGCAAUGCGCCGUCAUUCUGUCAGUAGUCCCCCCUCGGGACGCCGUCGCCACCGCCCAGCGCAUCAUCGACGCCGCCAUCACGGGGCCGUUCCCCCGCAAGGCCACUGACGGCAAAGAGCCUCUGUACUUUGCCGACCUCAACGCCGUGGCCCCUUCGACGAUCAAGUCGAUCGCUGAGCUGUUCGACAAGGCCUCGUCCAAGCGGCCCGAGACUGCGGUGCGGUUCAUCGACGGGAGCAUCAUCGGCGGACCCCCUGCUCUGGCCAAACCCGCGGCUGAUGCGGCCUGGAAACGCCCCAGCAUACCGACCUCAGGCCCGCACUCGAUCGGCUCCAUUUCGGACUUUGGCCCGAAGCUCAGCACGACCCUCAACAUGCGCCACAUCUCCCCUACCAUCGGCGCCGCCAGCGGGCUCAAGAUGUGCUUCGCCUCCCUCUCCAAGGGCUUCACCGCGCUCGCGAUCCAGUCCUUCACCACGGCCUCCCGGCUCGGCGUGCUCGACGAGCUGACCAGCGAGCUGGCCACGCACUCCCCCGCGUCCCUCAAGACCGCGCAGUUCGGGCUUACGGGGAUGCCCCCGAAAGCGUACCGCUGGGUGCGCGAGAUGGAGGAGAUCAACCGCACGUUCGAGGAAGAAGGCGGGUUCCAGGCCGGCAGGCACGACAUCUUCGGCGCCGUGGCCGAGGUGUACAAGAGCGUGGCGGAGGAGACGGUCCUGGGAGAGGAGAAGAUUGGCAAGAGGAAGAGGGGCCAGGACGCAGCGGAUGUGGCGGCUGCCAUGGCGGAGGGCCUAGAGAAGAGGAAGAAGAAGAAUGACUGA